CCUACACAAAUUACAUUGGAUACAAAAUAAAUAUAGAUUCAAAUCAUAACUCGUCGGAUGUGAAAACUAGCCUUUCACCUGUCCUUGAGCUAACAAUUUAUCAUAUAGCAAGAGGUAUUCUUCCUAGAUCCCAUCAUAGGGAUUGUUACAAUGUAUCAUGCAACUUUGGGUGUUUUGACGCACAACAAUAAUGAUAAAAAUGACGAGGGUGAGGGUAACCGGUAACCAAAGUCAGCAUCCCAUGAAACAGGUAAGAUUAAAAAAGGAGAGAAAGUAUUAAUAUUGAUUAAAAGUAAAGAAAAUGAGUUGGUGGAAGGUGGCGUUGGAAAUAGACAACUGAGAUGAAAAUACAAAGUUUGUUGAGGAAUGGUGUGGUGGGAUUGAGUCCAAAGUGAAAAAUGAGAGGGCUGAAAGAGCACCUUAAACUGGCAAGAGAAUACGCGGUGGAAGGGCUCUACGACACCUCCGUGAUCUUCUUCGACAACGCCGUUGCACAGAUCAACAAGCACCUUAACAGCAACAGCGUGGAGGACCCUUUGGUGCGAGCCAAAUGGAUGAAGGUGAAGAAAGCGCUGUGCGAGGAAACGGAAGUGGUGAAGCAGCUAGAUGCCGAGAGAAGGGCGUUUAAGGAAACAACACGAUCGCCAUCUCAAUCCUCGUCCUUUGUUUUUCAACCCUUGGAUAACUAUCCCACUACCUCUCCUCCUCCUCCUCCUCCUCAUGAUCCCGACGUCUGGAGGCCGCCCAGUCCAGACGAUGCCAGAAGGCCCACCAGGCCCACUGCUCGCAGCAAAGAUGGGGCUUGGGCUGCCCGAGGUUCAGCCAGGCCCGCCCCUCGUGCCGCAAAGCCCAACAGCAGGGUCAGCACAGGAACAGGAAAGAAAGGAAAGGAUAAUAAUAAGUAUGAAGGCCCUGACGGUGAGUUGGCGGAAAUGCUAGAAAGGGAUGUGUUGGAAACGUCCCCUGCUGUCAGAUGGGAUGAUGUUGCAGGCCUCACUCAAGCCAAAAGCCUUCUAGAAGAAGCCCUUGUACUUCCCUUAUGGAUGCCUGAAUAUUUCCAGGGAAUAAGGAGACCCUGGAAAGGUGUUCUCAUGUUUGGACCUCCAGGAACUGGGAAGACGCUUCUUGCUAAAGCAGUUGCUACUGAAUGUGGUACCACUUUCUUCAACGUUUCUUCUGCUACUUUGGCUUCUAAAUGGCGUGGAGAGAGCGAGCGCAUGGUCCGGUGCUUGUUUGAUCUUGCAAGAGCAUAUGCCCCCAGUACAAUUUUCAUUGAUGAAAUUGAUUCUCUAUGCAAUGCUAGGGGGGCUUCUGGGGAGCAUGAAUCAUCCAGAAGGGUGAAGUCUGAACUUCUAGUUCAGCUUGAUGGUGUAAAUAAUAGUUCCACAAAUGAAGAUGGUACCCGCAAAAUAGUAAUGGUUUUGGCAGCCACUAACUUUCCAUGGGACAUAGAUGAGGCACUGAGGAGAAGAUUGGAAAAGCGUAUAUACAUUCCUCUUCCAAAUUUUGAGAGUCGAAAAGAGCUGAUCCGUAUCAAUUUGAGGACUGUAGAGGUGUCCCCUGAUGUGAACAUAGAUGAAGUGGCUCGAAGGACAGAGGGGUAUAGUGGAGAUGACUUGACAAAUGUAUGUCGUGAUGCUUCUCUGAAUGGUAUGAGGCGUAAGAUAGCCGGAAAAACGCGUGAUGAGAUCAAGAACAUGUCCAAGGAUGAGAUUUCUAAGGACCCAGUUGCAAUGUGUGAUUUUGAAGCAGCUUUGAAGAAAGUCCAACCAAGUGUUUCUCAGGCUGACAUUGAACGCCAUGAGAAGUGGUAUGCCGAAUUUGGAUCAGCAUAAAAUGGAAUUUGUUUUCCCCCACUUAUAUGUAGUUUGUUAACUGAUGCUUGUUGAGGAUUACAUUUUUCUUCUAGGAAAAAAAUGACGGAUGCUUAUUGUAAUCUUCAGGUUUUGGAGGGGUAUUCAAUUGUUUGUUUUGUAUAUCAUUUAUGAAUUAGGAAACAUAAUGUUAUCUGAUAUGUUAUAAAUCAUUAAGAAGUUCUCUUGCUGCUAGUAA